GAAGGCAGCCCUGUUUUCCCACUGAUGGAGGCGACACUUUUGUCACAGUUAAUCAUUUCUAAACUCUCCAUGCUGCCACACACACUCACUCUAUCUCCGCAUUUCAAUGAGUGAAGUCUCCAGUUUUUCAGACAUGUUGUGGAGGAUUCCCUUUAUGUGUUUUAUUCUGGUGUUGUGGGUUCCAGUUCACAGUGGGCCCAUGACAAACCUACACCCCAACAUGACAGACCAGGAGCUGUUCUGGGGCGCCGACCAGUACGACUUCUCUGUGGUGCUCCGGGCUUCUGGGUUGGAGUGUUUCUGGCACUUUGCUCACAGUGGAGAACGAUUCUACCUCAGCUACAUGGUCCAGUGGGUGACGGGAGUCGGCCAUGACAGACACCUGUCCGUCACAGUCAACGCCCCUGGUGGUCUGUUAGUGUCAAAUAUUGAUGAUGUGAAGGGUCAGAUUAACUUCAAGGCUGAGGAAACAGGUUUCUAUCAAAUGUGUUUCAGCAACUUCCACAACCGCUUCGGCAGCAUGCAGGUCUUCCUCAGCUUUGGUGUUUACUACGACGGCCAUCAGGACCCUGCCAGGAGCAAAGAAGAGGAAAAGAAGAAGACAGAAGAAGUCAGCCAAGAACUGAACAACACACUGAGCAUCAUAGAGGAUGCGACUCACAAAGUGGAGAACCACAUCUUCCACGUGUUCCGCUACUACAGCUUUGGUCGCAUGCGGAAGAGCUCUGACUACUACCUGCUGCUGUCCAACUCACAGUACAUCACCUGGUGGUCGACAGCCCUCAGCAUCCUCAUCGUCACCUCCGGGUAUCUGCAGCUCCUCUUCCUCAAAAGACUCUUUGUCAGCAAGACCGAGGACGAGAAGCCGCGCUGCUGA